AUGUUUAAGGCCAUGUGUGCUAUGGCAUUUUUUGCAUUUCUUCGUAUUGGUGAAAUCACAGUGUCAAAGCGAGACAGCGUCAAUGGUAACCUUUUACAACUGGAUCAAGUUUCUAAAAAACAUAGUGGGAAUGGCAAUGUGGUUUCCUUGAUAAUUACAUUCACAAGCUAUAAACAUAAUUACAAUCAAAAUCCUUUUUCUAUAGUUUUGAAUAGACAACCUAAAGCAUGUCCCUUUCAAUCAUUCUUGGAUUGUGUUUCUGUUCGUGGCAUAGUACAUGGCCCACUUUUUAUUAAUCACGAUGGGUCCCCAGUUUUAAGAAGCGAGUUUAGUAAAAUGCUUGGCUCAGUUAUUCCGCUAUGCAACUUAGAUCCCAACAGAUAUAAAGCACACAGCUUUAGGAUUGGUGCUGCUACUUAUGCGGCUGAACAAGGGGUUUCCGAUGACAAGAUUAGGCUCUUGGGUAGAUGGAAAUCUGAUGCUUUCAAAAAGUAUACUAGAAUAACCUCUCAAGAAUCUGUUUCGUAA